UGAUAAUCUAAAAAUUCCUUCGGUAGAGUAAAUGAUGAAUUUUAAUAUUUUACGCGUUCAAUUUACACAUUCGAUGCGAACUUUUGGAAUUCGUUGUUUACCUUCAUUUCAAAAUAAACCCGUUCUAAUAACAACUCAUCAUUUUAUAAAGGCUAAUACAAGAUCUAUAACACGUUUAUCAAAUAAUAAUGCCCACAAAAUAUUAUUUAGAAGACAAUAUAAUACAAGUGAGCGUUCGCGUAAAAGUAUAGUUGGAAGAGGAAAGACUGAAGAAAGGAGCUCAUUGACUAUAGGACAGAAGGUUGUUGGAGCAGCAAAAGUCUCAGCAAAUAUCAGUAUAAUUGUGCUAGGAAUUGGCGUUUUCGGUGUGAUCAUAUAUUUUGUUUUAAAGGAGUUGUUUAGUCCAUCAGGUUCAACCAAAGUAUUCAAUGAAGCUUUAGAGAAAAUUAGAUCAAACCCUGAGUGUCAAAAAAUUCUAGGAACACCAAUAAAAGGUCAUGGAGGUUCGAGUUCAAGUGGAAGAAGACGGCAUCGUUUAGUUCGAUUUCAAGAAGUAAUAAAUACUGAUGGAACACAACAUAAAUUAAUGCGUAUUUAUCUUGAAGGUUCUUUAAUACGUGGUACAGCUUUACUUGAUAUGACCAAAAAUAAUAAAGGAAUAUGGGUCACGAAGUAUUUAGUUGUUUCCAUACCAGAAUAUAAUAAAAGAAUUUUCAUAGAAUAUAAUGAUGAUAUUAAUAAGGAAAAUAAAGAUGAUGAGAAAAAUGAUAAAGAAAACCGAAUCUAAGAAAAUUUUAGAAUUAUAUCAGUAAAAAAUUCAUCAAAAUCCUCUAUCGCUCUUUGAUCGUCUCUAAUUGGCGUAGGACUUCUUGUUCCAAUUGAAUCAGUUGAAUCU